CGGCGACGACGACCAUGAUAUGAUACUCGAUGAGGGCCCCGCUGGCGACGAGUACGACGAAGCCCCCGAAUCAUUCACACCCGAGGACUACGAAUCGCCCGCGGCGGGCCAGGACAUCGUCGACCCGGAAGAGCGGCGGGCGGAGGGCGAACCCGACCCGAACAACAUCGUGCACAGCGAAAACGGCAAGGCGGUCAACAAGCCCACGCCGACGAACACGGUCGCCGCGCAGAAGGAUAAGAAGGUCGAUAAGGAUAAGCGGAUGACGACGCCGUAUAUGACGAAGUACGAGAGGGCGAGGAUCUUGGGGACGAGGGCGCUGCAGAUCAGUAUGAAUGCGCCGGUUCUGGUGGACUUGGAGGGGGAGACGGAUCCGCUUCAGAUUGCGAUCAAGGAGCUGCGCGAGAAGAAGAUUCCGUUGGUUGUGCGGAGAUAUCUCCCGGAUGGCUGCUACGAAGAUUGGACCUGCGAAGAGCUGCUGUGAGCGAUUAGGGACAUGGCGAGGCACGAGCUGGAAUGGUUAGGCACGGAUCCAGGCAGUAUGAGGCGUUUGUGGUAAUCGGAAUCAUCAAGCAUUUGGACAUUGGGUAGUCAGCGGGUUUUCUAUUCCCAAAUGCAAACAUCGCGAGGUGAUGGUAGUCUCCUGGGAACAAGCGAUAUCGACAUCUGCGCUCAGAAUCGAGAUAGCACAGCACCUGCGCGAUUAAGAUACAAAGACUUCGCACACACUUUAUACGAAAUGCAUUACUAUCUUAUUCGCAAAGAACCAG